ACAAAGAAAACAAAUGCCCCAACCCCUAUCUUGCUUCCUAACACAACCAUCUUUAUAAGCUGAAGCAUUUGCUUCACACUGCUUCAUUUGACUUGUAACAAUGAACACCAGCAGGAGGAUCUUCACCUUUCUGCUCAGGCUACUAGCCUUGGCUGCAACUCUGGUUGCCACCAUUGUAAUGGUUACAAGCCAUGACUCUACGAAUGUCUUGAACUUAACGUUUAAGGCCAAAUUCAGCAACUCACCAGCUUUCAAGUACUUUGUGGUAGUGGAAGCAAUUGCCUGCGCGUACAACCUUGUCAUUAUGUUUCUUGCUUCCAAGGGCUCGCUUUGGCGCUUGGUUAUCAUCCUCGACGUGGUUGUAGCGGUGUUACUUGCUUCAAGUGUGUCAUCGGCCUUGGCAAUAGCAUAUGUGGGGAAGAAAGGAAACACACACGCUGGUUGGCUUCCGAUUUGUGGACAAGUCCCAAAGUUCUGCAAGCAUGUCACUGCUGCUCUUGUUGCUGGCUUCAUUGCAGCAAUCCUGUAUUUUCUUCUUGUUAUCUAUACCCUCUACACUGUUCUCCAUCCUCUAUUUGUUGUAAGUAAGUUUUGA